AUGGCUCUUGAAGAAUCCAAGUUGCCAACCAAAGAAUCUUGGUUCUUCACCGGGCCAGCAGUCAAGGGUCUGAAGCCGCAUCGGUAUAGUAUCGUGCUGCUCCACGGCAGUGAGAAUCAGGAAGAAGAAGAGAAACAUCUCAGCAAGUUGGCCGUCAGAAGCAGGUAUGAGGAGUCUGUAAAGUUCCACAUUAUGCGGGAGAGGAUAGCUACACUGGAAUGGAGAACGGCUGGUGACCCUGUCUCGAGAGUAUGA